CUACCGUGGACAUUCAUGGCUUGGACGUCGCGCUUGUCAUACGGCUAUAGAUAAUUGUUUUUUUAUUUUUUCGAAUAUAAAUGCAUUCGUCGAAUGAAAAUUUAGUACAGUAGCGGUCGCGGUGUUAACAGUGCAUUCUGUAUUUAAUAUAUUUUUUUUUAUUUAAGAAAUAAAAUUUUAUUUUCGUGAGCAAUGGUGAAGACUCUGUGCGUGUACAGGACUGUGAAAGCCUUCAUCAUGAGUGACUCGCUGAAGAAGUUUGAUUUAGAUGCAACGAACGAUUUCGUGAAAGUAGCAAUCGCCAUCGCCGGCUUUUAUAUGGGAAUUUUCUAUUUGGAGUAUGUGGACGCGGAGUACAGUCUAUGGCUGACGUGGUUUCUGACGCCCGUCAUCGUCACAUUCCUGCUGCCAGCCGUCAUCAUUAUCCUGAUAUAUAUGAGCAGCAUUAUCUUCCACAUAUACAGACUUUACAGAUUACGGGUGGUGCCAGGUGUGCAAAACGAUUGGAAGCAGAAAGCGAGGAUAGCAGUGUGCGCUCUGUGGGACGCGCACGGAUGGCUUUGGCAUGGAUACGAAAUUCGCGGCCUAGAGAACAUACCGGACGGACCAUUCCUGGUGAUAUACUACCACGGUGCGCUGCCCAUAGACAUGUACUACUUCAUCGCGAGGAUGCUGUUGUUCAAACAGAGGCACAUACACACCGUCGCCGACAGAUUCCUGUUCAAGAUACCCGGUUGGUCAAGUCUUCUAGAAGGUCUAUGCGUCAUCCCUGGCACGGUACAGACGUGCGCGAGCCUGCUCCAGUCCGGGAACUCUCUAGCUAUAUCGCCCGGGGGAGUAUACGAAGCGCAAUUUGGUGACCACUGCUAUGCACUCCACUGGAAGUCCAGGAUUGGGUUCGCGAAGGUCGCGCAGGAAGCUAAAGUGCCAAUAAUCCCGAUGUUCACGCAAAACGUCCGUGAAGCGUUCCGGACAGUGGGAUGGUUGCGGAGCGUGUGCCUACGCAUAUACGCGGCCACGCGUGUACCCCUCACGCCCGUAUACGGAGGCUUCCCCGUCAAGCUGAUCACACACCUCGGCCCGCCCAUCAUGUACGACCCCACGCUCACGCCUGAACAGUUGCAGCGCAAGGUCGCGAGUUCAAUAGAGAACUUAAUAGAGGAACAUCAAAGACUUCCCGGUAACAUAUUACUGGCACUAACUGAGCGCGUCUGGGAGCUGCCGAAGAAGAAAAAAAAGGUUGCACAGGACAAACCCGUCGCGAACGGAAAGUGUCACAACAGUACAGUGAAAGAGAUGCAAGAUGGCAAAAGUGAUAAGUGUGACAGUGACAAAGCUAAAGUAUCAUAAACGUGCACCAAUUCCAACAUAACAAAUGAGACUGAAUAGGACAUGCUGUAAACAAAAUGUAGUGAGUUUUCGUACAAAAUGGCGGUUGCCGCCUUUUGUUUUCUACUAAAUCACGGUAGUUAUUGGUAGAAUAGUAGAACAAGUUGCUGUACAAAUGUAUCGUUUUAAUUAUGACAAUGCCUACACAUACAGUAAUGUACGAUGUAUGGCGAAACGAGAGGUUUAUGCGAAUGAUUUUUUUUAUAUCAUAUAACCUAUAAAGUAUAUAUUUAUGUAUAUAUAUGUAGUAUAAUGACAACGCGUUAAUGGCUACAAAUGACAAAUAUAAAUAAUGCAAGCAUUAGCAAUAACUAAACAUAAUAAUAAAUAUAUUGUUACGAUGCCUUCCUUUAAGAUUAGAUUAUUGAUAAGGCGAAUGAAUUAAACCCAUACAGCUAUAGUCAAUCAGUUUAUAUUUCAGAACGAAAAACAAAGAGUCAGUAAACAUGUUUUAUUCGGCUUUUUAUUUAUAACAAAAGAAACAAUUAUUGUAUUAUCUAAAUGUACGUAUUUAUGAUUCAAAAUUUGAAUAUAUUAUGAAAAUUAUUAUGUAUGCAUAUUUUAACCUGGAUAAUAACAAUUGAUAAAUGAUUUUUUUAUUAUUUUUGCAACAUUGUUUCUAAUUUUUUAGUCUAUUUAAAUAUAAUGGUAUAUACACAUUUAUAUAAGUUUAAUUAUAUGCAUUUAAUAAUUAAUAUAAAAUUAUAUAUGAUAUAUAAGAAAGUUUCGGCUGUUUUAAAGUUAUGUACAAAUGAUAUUAAUUUAUUAUUCCGAAAUUGCAAUUUUUUUUUCCAAAACUUAUGUUUAUUUUUUAACGAUGUCUGACAUAUGUAACGGGAAAUUAACGAACUCACUGUGUUCUUGACGUUUCCGACAAUUGUUUCGACUUGAUCUGGAAGUCUUCUCCAGGGGGUGUUUGGCGCUUUGCAUCACAGCGUCCUUGACAUUUACAAGACAUCGAUGGUGAACCAUUGAAAUAUUAUUCGCCAUAAUUAAUAUAAGAAAAAAAGUAGCAUAUAAAAGCCUGCUUAGGAAGGAAGGGAUUGUUAGUAAUGAAGACUAAGAAUCACAUUGCUAGCAAUAUACCCAAUCAGGUCGACCUCCUCGCGGUUCACCCUGGAAACUAUCAUUGUUAAUUCCUGGUGAAUUCAUCAUGAUGGGCUAACUGGUCUGUUUUUAUUCUCAUCGAUCACCCUUCACUGGUGCUCCGCCAGCGUUUUUUAUGGGUGAAAAUGAUAUGGUAACCCCGCCUGCGCUAACGGGAUGUGCUGGCGGAGCACCAGUGAGGGGUGAUAGAUGAGAAUGAAAACAGGCCAGUUAGCUCAUCAUGAUGAAUAAAUCAGGAAUGAACCAUGAUAGUUUCCAGAGGGAACCGCGAGCAGGUCGACCUGGUUGUGUAUAUUGCUAGCAAUGGGAUUCUCAGUCUCCAUUACCAACAAUCCCUUUCCGCCCCGGAUAGGUUAUGUUCUAAUUUAGUACAUUGGAUACAUAACGUGCUGGUUCAUACGUACAAAGCCGCGGUAUAAAGUGUUGGAGUGUUAAUACUGGCUGUUGGCACUGAGGUUUUUAAAAACAAUGUAUUAUUUAUAAGUUUGUUCUAUGUCAGAUUUUUAUGGGACAUGUCUCGUAUUUCUCACUAAACUUAUUAUUUUGUAUCUCAAAUACAUAUAUGUUUUAUUGCUGCGAUUUUAUUUAAACUACCAACUUUAUGUUGUAAAUAGCAGGAUGCUAUUUACAACAUAAAGUUGGUAGUUUAAAUAAAAUCGCAAGCCCCAAAGAACAGAAAUUGCUUUCCGGUAUCUAUACUCGUACACGUACAUCAUUUAAUAUUCCCUUGUCAGAAUACUUUUCUACCAAAUAAGCAAUCAUAAAUAUUAAUUUAUUAUUUAACUAUUUUCAUUCAUUUUCAUUUAAGAGUUUCCUCUUGUCGGUGCAACUAAUUCAUGCAUCUUCCUCCAGCCAGCUCUAUCCCAGGCCAUAUCCUUUAUCUCCCUAUACGACAUGACGCCUAGUGUUUCCUUUAUCUGUCCCAUGUAGUUAAUCCUCGGUCUUCCUCUUCCUCUUUUGCCCUCUAUCUUAUUAUUAUUAUUAUUUAACUAUAUUAUUUAUUUAUUAAAAGUAAAUUUUUUACAAGAACAUUUAUUAGAUUAAAAUUUAUAUAAUUUUCUUUGUAUUCAAAUUGUUAGUGAUAAAAAUGCAUUUAUUAUGUUGAAAACUGUUUAAUUACGAAAUAUUUUAUAAUAUUUUAAACAUAAAGCUCUAACAAAGAGAGCGUAACAAUUCAUUAUCACUGUACAUCAUUGAUAAUAUCUGGCCAAUUUAAGCUUUUUAAGUUUAAAUUUAUUAACAAUAUAAAUUUCUGGUAAUAUAGGCAAAGAAAGGAUGUGAAGACGAGUGGAGACUUAAAACAGCCUAAUGGUCAGAUCUUAUAUAUUUUCCAAAUGAAUUCUUUGGAUCUGUUGAUCAUGAUGGGGUCGAAUUAUGAAAGUGGGAGAGGGAGGGAGACUUUGUACAAAAGUCGAUUGCUUGGGUACCUCUGUCCCAUUCGAGUUUCAACCGUGACACAGUUGUGUUUGCAAGGCUGUGUUUCGGUUAGAAGAGUGGGAUAUGGCGGGAAUUUACUGGGUACAGAGGAAUAACACCUGAGCGCUCAGGAAUGGCAACGCAUAGGGGGUAUCAUGGGCGAAACAGUAUACUCUGUUAUGUCCACGGUACUGCUCACGUCUAUAUGCGACGGUUACCACUUUUCAUCAAGUGAGCCGUCAGCUUGUUUGCCAUUCUAAGUAGUAUAAAAUAAAAUGAACGAAUCUAGAGCUGCGAAGAAAGACAGAGGUUACUGCUUGCUCCGUAAGGGACCUAGUGUGAUGAUAACGAUAGUAUUGCAGUACCGUAGCAAUAAUUAGAUUUAACAUUUUCAAUUAAUUAGUACACUUGCAUUAUACGAGUUUGUCAUAGGCAUUGGCAUAUUUCGCGAGAGGCCUGACUUCUUACAAAGGCGCAUACGUACUCUCAGACAACUUUGCAAAGGUUUCUCAUCCUGGAGUAAGCACAGCCCAUCGUUCCCCUUUGUAAAUACGCCUAUAAUCAUAGAGAAUAAAAACAUAAGCUAAAUAUUUAAAAUAUACUCUAACCCCCUUAUUUAUGGAUACGUGUCAUAAAUUUAUUUUAGCUAUUGACCUGUUUUGUCUUUUUAACACUAGAUUUCCAAUUUAAAAAUAAGCGACAAAACAGUGUAAUGGUUAGAUUUGUAGAAGAUAUUUUUUUUUUAUGAAAAAGGGAAUGUACUAUAUAAAUAAGAUAGUACAAGUAUGUAUGCAAAUAAGAAAAAAAAAACAAUUUUAAACAAAAUGUCGAUUCUUGUUAUUGCUACGUAUUGUAUAUGUAGUAUUGUAUGGUGCCUGAUUAUAUUAAAUUGAUAUAGCUUAGGAUUUUGUUGCACAAAAAUACUUUCAACCAUAAUUAAAUUAUUAUGGAAUCAAAUUAUGAAUAAAUACUAUCAGGAAAAGCUUUUUUCUUUUUAAAAGUAACUUGAAUUAAGGAUGUGUUCCUUUUAGAAGUUGGACUACUGAUUGGAUGCAAUACACUGUGACAAACAUAUCGAAAUAUUAGGAAAUAUUUCAAUACUUUUAUAAUUAAUUAACUGGAAUUAUGAAAAUGACAUAAAUUCGUAUUCUUUAAUAAUACUCCAGCAAAAUUAGGACUGGUGUUGAUUCUGUAAUAUGUUUCUAGAGCCCAUUGUAAGGCUAGCAUAUCGAGGUUUGACGAAAAAAAUAACAAUUUAUUUUUUAAUAAAUAUUAAAAAUUUGCUGUACAGCUGUAAGGAAGAGACUUUUGCUCGCAUUUACAACAAUUGUAUAUAAAAUUUUAUUUUUGUAGCCAAAUUAAAAUGUAUAUUAAGCGGAAUUCCAUAAUAUAAUUCAAUGAAUUUAUUUGAUUUUUUUAAAUGUAUUAGUCAUAUCAAAAAUUAAUUAAAAUAUAAGGUAUUUGGGAUAUAUCAAUCAGAAUAUAAGAGGUGGGAAAGGAAUGCGACUAUGAAACUUAAAGACCGACCAAAAAAAUAAAAAUAAAUAAACAGGCUCGAAGGAAUCUAUUACAGUAUAAAAUAUGUGGAGAUUGAUUUUACCAAUAUUGUGAACUUUUGAAAUAUUCUAAAUAUGUAUUUAUGACUGUAAAAUAUACAAACGAACCUAUGGAAUACUGCAUUUGGUGUUGCCAAUUCAGAAAAAUAGUUCUGCCAAUAUUCCCAAUAUGGCGAGAUGUUUUUUUGGUCGGAUUUUUAAAAUAGAUGGUUUAUGAGUGUAGGUGUUGGUAAAUAACAUAAUCUAUUAUGUAACUACUAACAAGUAGAUUAAUAAAAGAUGGCAAUUUAUAUUGUUGUAAAUAAAAGGAAAAUGUUGAAUGGAGAUUGAACGAUAGAGUUGACUCUUUAAUGGCAUUUUCAAAUUUGCUAUUAAAUACGCCUAUUUCAAGAAACUGGAGAAAUAUCUCAUGACUCGUGAAUGAAAUAUAUUUACAAGAAAAAAUUAUUGUAAAUAAUUGUAGCUUUGGAAAUAGAUACUUAAAAGCGAUAUUUCCUUAUCGCCUAUGUCACAACGUGCCCCUAAUAUGUACUGCUGUGGUUUUGAUUGAUAAUGAAAAGACAAAAUAUUACGUAGCGUAUAUAAGUUAGAUAUAGAACAAUUUGUCAAACAAAUUAUUUAUUAAAUUAGAUUAAAAAUACCUUGAUAUAUAAAUUUAGAUAAGAUUUUUAUACCUACAUAGAUCUAAAAAAACUCCAAAAACAUAAUAAUGUUUAACACUGUAUUUAUAAGCGGUUGUAUAAUAUUAUCGGAAAGUAUAUUUGACAGAUUUUUAAAGUAUGAAAGUGGAAUGGUAAAGUCAACGUUAACGAACGAACUUUAUAACGUUCGUUCGUUCGUUAACGUAUACCAAUAGCUAUACUCUAGUACCAGUAAAGAUGAAGUAAGUCCGUGACGAAAUUGCCUGGAAAUAACCACGAUGGUUUCCAGAAGGGACCGCGUGGAAGAUCUGACAGGGUAUUUUGCUAGCAUUGGUUGCCCAACUAGCAAUAUAUCUAAGUUAAUAUUGACAUUAAAAAUGCCCUGCAUUUUGUCCCGUUGAUUGUACGUCGGCUCUAAAAGACUGGCAAUGAUUGCAAAAAGUUAUUUGUUAUGAUACAAUAGUAAAUACAAAAAAAAAAUAAGUUUUAUUUUAUUUUAAUAUUUCUAUAAAUAAAAGAUAAAAAUACAAAUAUCGAUAUAGAAUGAAAGGUGAUGAAACUUUGAAGAAAGAGAGAUUAAGAGAAUUUUAGUGUUAAAAUAUGUCAAAUAUACAUUCACGAAAUUCAUAUUUGCAAUAUUAUGUUAUUUUUUUAUGCGAGUAGCAAUUGCUGUAUAGUGCCAGAUUUUAUACCAAAUUGUAUAUUUCCGAUAUAAAGUUAGACUAUAUUUGUAUUGUUACAUAAUGUUUACUUAAUUGAAAACGCAUACUUAUAUAACAUAUAAGGAGAUAUUUUCCAAGA